CUUUUCUUACCUCUAUGAAGCGCGCUCGGGAAGGCCGGAAGGACACAAACACGAUUCGGGUAACCCGGAAGCGGAAGGCCAGGGAAAGAACCGCCGCGGAAUAGUUGCACGCGCGAGUCGGAGGGCGACGGGAAAGGGAACGGCGGCGUCAUGAGCCUCUUAAACAAACCCAAGAGUGAGAUGACCCCAGAGGAGUUGCAGAAGCGAGAAGAGGAAGAGUUCAACACAGGGCCCCUUUCUGUCCUCACACAGUCAGUCAAAAACAAUACUCAAGUGCUGAUCAAUUGUCGCAACAAUAAGAAGCUUCUAGGGCGUGUCAAGGCAUUUGAUAGGCACUGCAACAUGGUGUUGGAGAAUGUCAAGGAGAUGUGGACAGAGGUGCCGAAGAGUGGGAAAGGCAAGAAGAAAUCUAAACCUGUCAACAAGGACCGCUACAUCUCCAAGAUGUUCCUGCGUGGGGAUUCAGUCAUCGUGGUGCUGAGGAACCCCCUUAUUGCUGGCAAGUAAUGGGCUGUCAAUGGCUGUGGAUGCUUCACAGCCUGACCAACAGGAUGUGUUCUUCAGGGUCGCCUCCAAGAGACUGAGUAAAUGCCAAUGGGCCUUUCCGAUAAACAGUGCUUGUGUACUAAGGAUGGAUAGUCUUAUUCCCCCCCCAACACAUGGCUAUGUUUUUCUGUGUGGCUUGUUGACCUCCUUUUUUGGGUAAUAAAUGUUUUUGUUUAA